AUGUUUUUUUGUUUUUUUUGGUGUCUUCUCACUCUGAUGGAUGCUUUAAUUUUUUAUUUUUAUUUUGUUUCUUUUUGUUGCUCAACUACAGUGAUGGGAGCGACAUGCGCCAAGGACACUGCCGACGGCAACAUUGCCCACGCAAGCAGCAUCAGCACGAGAAGCCGUGGGCGGAGGCGUCGCGGCCGUCGCAGUCGCAUGUUUGCACAAAGUGAAUCAAACAUCCAGCGUUGUGGCACCUCGAGUGUGGUUGCGUUUUCCGGGCCGGACGCCCCUUCACAUGCCCGUGAAGAACUUUUGCCGGAACAGGAAGAUGUGCUUUCGAUUCCUUCCGUGCCAUUUGGCAUUACAUUGACGGCCCCAGCACUGGAAAACGUAGGAACCAACUGCUCUAGCGCGUACCACACGAAGACAAAACCGAUCGUGACAGGGGCAACAGCAGCGACAACCGGGAUGGGCGAGUCGGCUGUGAAUGACACGAAGAGGGGGCCAGAGGAAUGCUUCCGCCAGCGGGCCCCCGUGUUCAGGGAAGUGACUGCCGAGCCGGAAUCAACGGCAGUGUGCAUGAAUGGCAUGUCAGAUGGACCUUCGCCUCCUUCUUCUCGGGUUAAUGACAAGUUUGCGGCGGCAAGUUCGGGGUCAACGCCGAAAACAACAACAACCGAGAACUAUACAGAGUGUUCCGUGGAGGGUCUCUCCGCUGUUGUGAGUAUGAAGAGGAAGUAUUCUGUCGGUUUUUCCCACACAUCCGCACUAUUUACCUGCAUCUCCUGCCAUGAGGAGGAGCACACUGACUCUCCGUCGCCGCAUUUUUAUUCCUCCGCUCUUGAUGCGCCUGGGGACGCGGACACCAAAUCCCGGGGGAAAAAACGGAGUUUGCUCCCCACGCUAAUUUCAAAGAAUGUGGCUGUGCAGCCAGAUGGCGACAAUAACUCAAAAACUGAAACGAAACAGCAGAAGGAAAAAGACGAAGAAGAUGACGAAAUCACAGCUAAGAAGGAAACCCUCAUUAAAGAUGAGAUGUCUGGGCGAGCUCUCAUUGAAAAAGAAGAGUUGGAUGUGCGAGAGGCGUUUCUUUGUUCAUAUGCGAGGGAACGGGCCUUCCCACAGCGGCUCGAUCAGGAAGUAACACCUACAGGCGCUGUAGGGGCUGCUAGUGCUUCUCAGAGGACGAGUCACCUGGGCGACAGUCGAUCUGCGAAAACCUCCUCCUUGUUUACAUUCAGCAGCAUUGGCGAGGAGUUUUUGAUGCAUGCAGAGUCAGAUCUCCUCCGCCCCCCUGUUGUUGGUGAGAAUUUUGUUGAAGAGAACUCAAUGUGGAGUUCCGUUGUUUCUUCACACGAGAAAGGGGUCGACGAGACCUGUCAGGGCUCCAACUCUCACCAGAAAUCACUUCAGUUUCCAAGAUGGGAGGGAAGUGGACUUCUUUCACCUACAUCACCACCACCCCAAAAUAAUUCAACGAUGGUUGUAAAUAUUAUGAGCCAUGAUGAUAAUGAUGUGAAUCCCAACACUCAUUUUGGUGAGCAGGUGCGGGUGGAAAGGCUUUGUGGAGAAAGGCCGUACUACGAACCAGAGGACAAUGAAAGGAAAACACAAUUAAUGGGUUUAAGGGCGGACCACAAGGAAGCCUCACGGGUGAGAGUGCUGCGCUCCCCCUCGCUGGUGUGUCUACGAGACGGAUACUUUAAUGCGGCUGAGAUGGAUGGGAAUGAUUGGAAGCCGUCGUGUAAACUGAGCCUUUCAGCAAGGGAGUUUCGCGAGGGUCUAAUAGAGUCUCCGUCUCUCAUCCAUUCCGAUUUACCGGGUUCGUGUGGGGCCCACUACCAGCGUUACGGAGCGUCGUUACACACCAAGUCGUUGACCAGCCUGGACACCCCUGUACUCGAGAGAACGGGAACAGCGCAGCACAAAGUUCUACCGUGUCGUCGAGGCGGGCUAAUACCACCACCACCAUCGCCACCGCCCUCGAGUUUGUCAAGGAGAGCUGAGGAUGCGGAGAGGGAAAGUCGCGGGUCAAGCCGACACAUGUGGCAACGCAGUUAUACGUCACCGCGGCCGGAGCGGUCCGAUGGGUCGGUAUCGUCAUUUGGAUAUCUUUACUCACCGAGGGCGGAGCCCGUGUUAUCUACGACAUGUACAGUUGUCAGCGGCGCUGUAGCGGAGAUGGCGACGACAGCAAUCCCCUGCGGAGUUGUUGAAAGGAAAAGUGCAAAGCACUUCUGUCGAUGGUGCGACAAGCCGUAUGAGUGUCGUGAAGUUUGCGCUGUUGCGGGUGAGUCACAUGCAGUUUUGCGUCUACGGCGAAAACACGAAAAGGAAGUGAAAAAACGAGCGCAGGGACUUCUCCGCUGUGGUAGAAUUCGGGAGGCGAUCUCAGAAUUGAAGGCAGCCGGAAUAAUAUAG